AUGAGAGAACAGCUUCUGAGGAUCCCUGCACGAGGUUGUAGGUUAUUUCCUAUGAGGGAAGGCCAAUGGAGCACCGUGUCAUGGGGAAAUGGGUCUGGUAGGCAAGGGAUGUCUUUGAUUACGUGGGUAAAGGUUGUAUACAUAAUCUUUGAAAUUCUCCCAUUUCAAUCAAACAAGCCUCAUGCCUUGGNUGCCAUUGUGAAGGUUUCUAAUGUGGCAAAUGUGGAUCUUCUAGCCAAUGGAGCACCAUGUCAUGGGGAAAUGGGUCUGAUUUGGGCUUCAGAAGACCCUACAUAUAAGAGGGCGAGAACAGGGGGUAGCAUUAUGCUGCGUGUGAAGGCUUUAUUUUGCAUCUGCAUGGCUCGUUGUCCUUGUUAUUAUACCAGCAAGGUCGCAUAUUCUUAUGCGUUUUGGAUUAGUAAUAUGCCUAGCAUUAUUAUCUAUGUGGAUUCAACCGACGAAGGUGUGGGUGAUUAUCAAUAUGUUCCUACAUCGCUCUCCGAUAUUGUUGUAGGAUCAACUGGGAAGAGUGUCUCUGCUCUCUGGGAUUUUGUUUAUAAUGUUGGGUCAAGAACCCCACCAGCUUCAAUGCUGGGCUUACCAAGACUUCCAGCAUCUUCAGAAGGUUAUUCAUAUUUAAUCAUGAAGUUAGGGCCAUUACAGCUUACAAGAAAGGGCUUAUCAGUGGCUAGCACAGCUGCAUGCUUAACCUUCACUGCAUGGCUCGUUGUCCUUGUUAUUAUACCAGCAAGGUCGCAUAUUCUUAUGCGUUUUGGAUUAGUAAUAUGCCUAGCAUUAUUAUCUAUGUGGAUUCAACCGACGAAGGUGUGGGUGGAUCAACUGGGAAGAGUGUCUCUGCUCUCUGGGAUUUUGUUUAUAAUGUUGGGGUUGGGAACAGAUGGUGUAACUCCCUUUGUCCAGUCAAGAACCCCACCAGCUUCAAUGCUGGGCUUACCAAGACUUCCAGCAUCUUCAGAAGGUUAUUCAUAUUUAAUCAUGAAGUUAGGGCCAUUACAGCUUACAAGAAAGGGCUUAUCAGUGGCUAGCACAGCUGCAUGCUUAACCUUCACUAUCUUUCAAAGUGCAAGCCUUUGCCUGACAACCACUACCCCUGAGCAACUUGCAUUUGCUCUGCAAUGGUAUAUGCUUCCUUUGGCACAAUUUGGUGUUCCAGUGGCUGAAAUUAUUCUGACUCUCCUACUUUCAUUAAGGUUCAUCAAUGUGGUGUUUGAUGAGGUGAGACAGGUCCGUAAUGUUGCACUGGGGAUCGUAUCUCGUCGGAUUAAUUGGCAACAGUUAACAAUGUUGGAGACGAUUGAUAUUUUCUUUACAUAUGUUCGUCGGAUCUUCAAAAAUAUUUUUAGCCACGCUGAGCAGAUAUCUCAGUUUCUCCUUGCUCAAAUUUCUCCUCCACCUCUCACGUUCGUGGUUCUUCAAACCCAACAAGAACUCUCUCUGAGUAAGAAAAGGCCGUGUGCCAAGAUCUUUCAAAGUGCAAGCCUUUGCCUGACAACCACUACCCCUGAGCAACUUGCAUUUGCUCUGCAAUGGUAUAUGCUUCCUUUGGCACAAUUUGGUGUUCCAGUGGCUGAAAUUAUUCUGACUCUCCUACUUUCAUUAAGGUUCAUCAAUGUGGUAUUUGAUGAGGUGAGACAGGUCCGUAAUGUUGCACUGGGGAUCGUAUCUCGUCGGAUUAAUUGGCAACAGUUAACAAUGUUGGAGACGAUUGAUAGUGACGGAUUGUCAUGGAGAAUUGUUGCUUUCUGUAAUCUGAAACACCUGUUUAAUGACUUCGCAGUUUUCUUUACAUAUGUUCGUCGGAUCUUCAAAAAUAUUUUUAGCCACGCUGAGCAGAUAUCUCAGGCAAUGAUUAUUAGAGGUUUCCGAGGGGACAGCAAUGCUCACAAAGUUCAUCUCUCCUCGGACUCAUCAAUGGGGAUGGCGAAUAUCGUUUCCUUGUUGUGCCUCGUCGGCUUUGCGCCAAAAGCUCCACGAAAGUACCCGCCAGGGAAUGAUUACAAAAAGGGAGGUUUCGCAGCCCAAAGGACACCACCUAGAGGGCUACCAACGACGAUGGCAGACCCAAACCUGCCCGGUGAUAUCAUAGCCGAUAUACUCUCAAGACUUCCGGUCAAAUCUCUUUGCCGGUUCAAGUGCGUCUCUAAGCCUUGGCGAACUCAAAUCUCCGACCCACAAUUCAUAAAAUUUCAUCUUAAUCGAAACAAAGACCACCACCAACAAAUCAUUCUCUUGUCCGACGAUCGAUACUACACCGUCGAUCACGAAGCAAUUCUCGAAGGUAACGAUGUAUCAGCGAAACAAUUGAAGUUCCCACGCAAUAGAAACCCUAGACAUCGUGAAGUAAUCUUGGGUUCUUGUAAUGGAUUGUUAUUGCUUGUUAAUGGUCAUAAUGAUCAUUUAGUGGUUAAUCCAUCAACUAGAGAAUCGAAGAAAUUAUACAAAUCACCUUUCUUUGUCGAAUAUGGGUCUGAUGUUUAUGGGCUUGGUUAUGAUUCGCACAAUGAUGAUUACAAAGUUGUGAGAAUUUCUUAUUGUCGUUUUUAUUAUGAUUAUUCUGGUACUAGUGUCAGUGUGUAUUCGCUAAAAACUGAUUUGUGGAGAAGGAUUGAAGACUCUCCGUAUGACCACAAAUUUCUUAAAGAGAAAACUCCGCCGGGUGUUUUUGUAAAUGGAGCCCUUCAUUGGUUAGCGGGUCGUGAUGAAAAUGCAGAUGUGCCUUUGAUAGCUUCGCUGAAUAUGGUGGAUGAGAAAUUUCGGGAAGUGCCACCUCCUAGUACCACCGAUGGCAUUGUCAUGUUAUAUGAGUUGUGUGUUCUUGGAGGUUGUCUUUGUGGACUUGUUCAUCGCAGAUCUUAUGAUGAUGAGUGGAUAUUGAUGGAGUAUAAUUAUGAUGUUUGGAUGAUGAAGGAGUAUGGUGUGAGGGAGUCAUGGACCAAAUUCUCUAUCAAUGUCUUGGAUAUGUCUGUGCCAAAAACAUUGUGUUUGUGCAGGAAUGGUGAAGUUCUAUUAAAGGCGGGAAGGAAGGAACUUGUUCUGUUUAAUCCAGAAAAGGAAACAUUCAAGGACCUCAUGGUUCAUGGCAUUCCAGCUAAAUUUGAAGCAGGGAUUUAUGUGGAGACAAUCGUCUCACCGAAUUGUAGCAGUAACUCUAAGGGUGUCAAAAGAUCAAACAUAUAUAGUUCGAGCCAGGGGUCAAACAAGUGGAUUAAAACACUUGCUUGCAUUGCUGAUGCUGUGGAAACUCAGGCAUUCGGGAGGUGUGAUACUCCGGACUGUAGCUAUGCAGAGGUCGUCGAGUUGUUGUCUAACAUUCCGGGUGUCACCGGUGAUGAUGAUUCUCUGUUCCAAUUUGGUAAGAGACUUUUCAGAAAGCCAGAGUAUAGGGAGAUGUUUGUGUGUCUUGCAGAUUCUGAUAUCCGUCUCCGGUGGUUGAGAGUGUGCCAGAAGGGAGAAUCUGCUCGUGGCCCUUCCCUUCCUGAGACAUAGCCUCUGUUUGUGGGGUGGAGCUUUUUUGCUUGGUUGUGGGGCUGUUAAUUUUGGAUAACAUGCUAUGUUAAGGUACUGUCUGUCUCGUUGGCUUUAUAUGUGUUUAGUCUGUGCUGGAUGACUUUGUUGGAAGGCUAUCUUUCAAUAUCGGAUGUUUUAAGGUUUUUGUAAAUAGCAAUGUUAUAGGGAUUUUAUUUAGGAACUUAAUUAUGUGGUUUCAAUGUAAUUAUUAGAUUAGUUG